AUGGCUGCGCGUACACCGUCUCCGACCUUUGACGCCAGUGGUGGUCCUACGACCCAGCCUCCGCCAUACUCCUCCGCCAUCAACGCAUCGCCAUCGUCAUCAGCGUACUCUCUGCCCGAAUAUGGUUCUACCUCUAACCCGACAGCAUCAUCGUUCUCACACACGCUGAGCUAUCAGAUCGAGAGCAAGGGCUCGCAGUGGCUGUCGCUGCCCACAGCACCAAAGCUUGAUCCAAUCACCGUCUACGCCAUUGGGCCGGCUGGUACCAAGACCCAAAAGGUGUACGAGUCGAUCCGACCUGAGCGAAGGUCGGGUUCCUGCUCUCUGUAUGCAGCCGGAUCGGAUCAUCCUGUCUCAUCAACGACAUAUCGCUUUGGACCAGGAAGGCCUCCUGUGAUUCGUCUGCACCGCCAAAGCCCCGAAUCAUCGGCAGCAGAGAGCGCGGCACCAAAGCCCGAGGACGAGGGCUUCGAGGUCACCGGUCGCGGCGCUACUACGCGAUCUGUGCGCAUGAGGACACCCUUGGGCACAUACCAAUGGCGCUACGGCAGGCGCAGCGAGCGCAAAGCCUGCGACGCCGACAGUCUGCUCAUCCUCGACAAGGUCACUACCGUCGCACUGGCAGGCGGCAAGACCAAGGAGGAGUACACUCGUAUUGCUCAUUUCAUCCGCAAUGACGAGUUCCGGACCCAGGGUACGGGCAGGGCUGAUGCGGGGAACGGCGGACGACUCAUGAUGGACCUGCGAGACGGGGAGAAGCAGAGCAAUGAGUUGGAGGUGUUUGUCGUGACGGGGCUCAUUUGCAUGCUGAAAAGGGAGGUCGAUCGGAGGAGAGGGCAGAAGAUGCUCAUGAUCGCAGCAGCGGUCAGCGGGGCCGGCCCUUAG